AUGCAAUCAAAGCUCAACAAAUUUUUCAAAUCUUCCUCCGAUUCCACACCUCUUCCCGCAGCCGCCACCGGCGACGGCGACGAUGAUUUGGCCAACUGGAACUGGGAGAACAACCAACACCCUAUUAUCAACACUUACACCCGAACUCGUCGGAACCCUAAUCCAAUUCCUUCACCUGCAUCCGUAAUCGAAAAACCAAUAGUAGUCAAGAACAAGAAGAGAAGCUACGCUCAGUUCCAUCUGGAGUUAGGUCAAUCUGAUUUCCUAUUACGCGCGUGUUCCACUUGUCGUAUUCAGUUCACUCCCGGAGAUGUCGAAGACGAGAAAUUACACGCUCAAUUUCACAAACGCUAUACGCAAGGAAUCCAAUUUAGGGGUUGGAAUAAUGAAAGGAUCAUUUCUUCUGAUAAAAUUGGUCGAGUUAUUUUGGUGUUGGAUAAUGAUCCAUCUUCUCACAGAAACAAGGUUCAAGAAGUUGUGAAGAUGAUGGAAAUUGAGAUGGGAAGUGGAUGGAUAGCUCAUCAACUCUGUAAGGUUUAUUUGUUCAUUUCUCUCCAAAGGAUUGUUGGUUGCGUGGUUGCAGAACCAAUCAAAGAAGCUUUUAGAGUAGCAUCUUGCUCAGAUGAUAGUCAUUCAGCUAGUGCAAGGAAAAGGGAGAAGAAGCUGCGUCCAACCACUCUUCAGUUCGGGAAUAUUGUUUUUCAAAGGGAAGUCGGAAAAAGUGUGGUGAAUGUGAGUGAUUCUGAGACGUUGGACGAUAGGGCUUUCUCUUGUGAAAGCAAACCUGUUGCUGCUGUUUGUGGCAUUAGAGCCAUUUGGGUCACUCCCUCCAACAGAAGAAAACACAUUGCUAGCCAAUUGCUGGAUACUGUGAGGAAAAGUUUCUGCACGGACGAGCUUGAACGUGCUCAGCUAGCAUUUUCUCUACCAACCUUGGUUGGGAAGGCAUUCGCCUGUAGUUACUCUGGUACUAGAUCAUUCUUGGUGUAUAAAGCAGUUUAA